AUGUGGAAAAUUUGCUUUCAGUGUGGGAGGCAAGGAUAUCGUACCGGUAUGUACUUGGAUUUGGCUUUCCUGCGAUCUCUACUGACUUUCCCACCAGACAAUCUAUCAGUACAAGUCGAAAUGGAGCUUUUAUUCGUCGAUGAAAUACGUAAUUUUGGGUGGUCUAGGUGGAUUAGGUCGAAGUGCAGCUCUUUAGAUGGCAAGCAAAGGGGCAAAGCAUCUCAUUUUACUUUCUCGAUCAGGGCCCUUAAAACCAGCUGCUCAGAGAUUACUUGAGCGCCUUCACAGUAUGGAGGUUGUAGUUGAGGCACCUGCUUGCGAUGUCUCAUCACCUGAGCAACUCGAAUACGUUCUUUCAGAAUGUCUAACAAGGUUACCACCAAUAAAAGGUUGUAUACAAGGAACAAUGGUGCUACAGGCAAGUCUAAGCUCUUUGCCAAGUCAAAGUGAAGUCAUGUACUGACUUUCUAUAGGACGCUCUUUUCGAGAAAAUGACCUUUCAAGAAUGGUCCACAACAAUAUCAUCCAAAGUUCCUAGUACUUUGAAUCUGCAUAAUCUUUUACCAAAGAACUUGGACUUCUUUAUUCUCCUGUCUUCCAUCGCGGGUAUAGGCGGAUCCAUAGGCCAAGCAAACUAUGCCGCAGGAAACACCUUUCAAGAUGCCCUUUGUCUGCACAGGCUGGCCACUGGCCAGAGAGCAACAUGUAUUCGUUUGGGAAUCAUGGCCGAUAUAGGGAUUGUGAGCGAAAGUGACAAGUACUUCAAAAAUCGAGAGCGCAUGGUUGACAUGGCUUCCAUAAAGGAGACUGAAUUUUUGGCAUUGCUUGAUCAUUACUGCGAUCCAAAAUCGACCAACCUUUCUCCUGAGGAAAACCUACCAAUCAUUGGUCUAGUAACACCUGCACAUUUCGAGUCUCAAGGUGUCGAAGUACCACAUUGGAUCCAGGGCCCGGUCUUUGCUCCACUUGCCCAAAUCGGUUUGAGCCCCGCUUCGAUAACUGAGCACAAAUCCGGAAGUACAGACUUUGCUGCUGAGCUCAGGGGCACGAGUACAUUUGUCGAUGCUCAGGAGGUUGUAUUGAAGGCGCUGGUGAGCAAACUUGCACGAGCUCUUGGAAUCUCAUCAAUCGAUGUUGAUACCAGCAAGCCUUUACACGCAUAUGGUGUCGAUUCUUUGCUUGCUGUGGAACUGCGCAACUGGUUUCGAAAAGAACUUGGUGCGAAUAUAGCUGUGUUUGAUAUCAUGGGCGCGGAGAGCAUUACGGUUAUGAGUGCGACUAUCACGACGAACAGCUCCCUCGUGGUUUGCAAAGACGAAGCGUAA